AUGCUCAACCUCCUCACUGUCCACCUCGAGUCUAACGAAUGCUAUACCCACAACAUGAUUGGCUUUCGGUCGGGGCUCUCGACUCAGGACGCCAUGAAGUUGAUCAAACACCAGGCCAUCGACUCCGGAUCCGCCGACACCAAGGCGAUUCUCGGAUUGGAUUUGGAAAAGGCUUUUGACAACAUAUCGCACGCCUUUAUUCUCAAGAGCUUGUCUCAGUUUCACGUCGGCAAGCGGGCGUACAAUUUCGUGCGCUCCUUCCUUUCCUCGAGGUCCACAAGACUGAAGAUUGACGAUUUUUUGACCCACGAAAUUACCCUUGGGCCAAAGGAAACACCUCAGGGGGCGGUGAUCUCCCCGACGCUGUUCAAUAUCUGCAUGAUCAACCUGUCGAGGGCCUUGAACAAGAUACCGAACAUUAACCAUACGAUCUAUGCGGACGACAUCGCCAUCUGGUCCCUCAGCGGAUGUGAGGGUCAGGUCGAGAGUUUCUUGGCAUAUGACGAGCGCUAUCUCCUCCCCACCCGGCUAAGGUGCUCGCCCGCUCAGUCCGAGCUCUUACUCUAUAAGAAGAGGCCCAGAGGCCGUUCUCACCGGUCCUCGGAAACCAGCAGCGGAGAGCCACUAUUACGUUAUUCACCGAUAACGGCUCCCCAGUUCCGCGGGUGGACACUAUCAGGGUCCCUAGGAAUGUUUAUCGAGUCUAACGGCGCCAAUGGAGCCGCCGUCAAACGCAUUUGUUCCAAGACCGAAAGCACCCUAGGACUGAUUCGAAGAAUCGCUAACAGGCGGCGUGGAAUCAGGGAGGACAAUCUGAUUCGGAUUAUCCACGCAUUCGUACUAUGCCACCUCGCUUAUUCGGCGAACAUGCACAACUGGCUCGUGCCGGAGCGCAACAAAAUCAAUGCCCUAAUCAGAAGAGUCUUCAAGCUGGCUCUUGGCAUUCCCGUUCGAACGCACAGGGAAGACCUCCUCAAGUUGGGAAUCCACAACACGUUCGAAGAAAUUAUCGAAGCUCAAGAGUUUUCACAGUUUGUCGACUGUCUGGCACCCCAGCGGGUAGAGCCAUACUCGGCAUGCUGGGACGCAACCCCGCGGUUGUCGGUCCUGACGCUGUGA